AUGGAAUGAAAAUUACUCUCCAAAUGGGAUUGGGUACCGGUUCCAAAUGGGACGGGUAUCCCGUCUCAUCCCAUUGUCCGCCCCUAAGAAGGCCCAACUCUUGGAGUACCAUAUAAUUGGGCGAUCCAACCUAACUCAUCAGGUCCAAUAACUCUGGGGCGGAAACCGGGUGCGGGUACCCGCAGCUUGCAUCGGUCUUGUUCGUGGACUUUCCACGAAUGUCCUCAGUGCACAGUAGUCUCCUUCCUCCGGUAAAAUAUGUCGCCCGAUAGAUAGAGAUUCCGGCGACAAAUCUGAGUUUCGAGCGGAGCGGAAAGAGGAAACAGAGAAUCAAAGAUAUAAAAGAUGAUGAUGAAGAAGAAGAAGGAUUUCCGAAUUCUGGCGCUGCUCCUUCUCUCUCUUCACUUGCGAAUCAGUUUUACUUCUGGGAAAUCGGAGGGGGUCUGUGUGUCUAAAGGUGGUCGUUUCCCACCCUACUCAACUGAAAGCCAACCUCCUAGAAAGGUAAGCAAGGGUUCCAGAGAUUUGACCCUUUGCAGGGUCUUUCGCAAAAAGACUUGCUGUGAUGUAGCUCAGACGUAUCCUGCUUUGCUGUCCCUUAGGAGGCUGGCUUCAGUAGGGGAAGCCAAAGACUCAUGCUUGCAGUUUUGGGAAGCCUUGGAAUGUUCAAUUUGUGAUCCGUUAGUCGGUGUCCAGCCUGGACCUCCUGUUAUAUGUGCUUCUCUUUGUGACCGAGUCUUUCAAUCUUGUGGCGAUGCUUACUUCUCCAUGGAUUCCAAAACACGGUUUCUAGCACCAUGUGGAGUGAACGACUUUCUCUGCGGUAGAGCUGCUGAGUGGGUGUCCAAUGGAACCGAUUUCUGCACUGCACUGGGUUUCAGGGUUGAAGUUGCCGAGCACUCCUACCGUGCUGCCAAUCAAGCUACUUGCUAUGGUGGUAAAGGCAGUCUUGAUCACAUUGCUGAUUCAUGGAAUCAACCAGAGAUGCACCAAAGACCGGUCAGUUUGAAUUGGUUAGAAGAGUUCCAGCAAAGGGUGCUGGAUAUGUCAUUUAGUGAAAGGGUUUCUUGGGCUGUUGGAGGGAUGGUUCUUACUGCAGGACUCUUGUUCAUAAGCAAAAGGAAGAGUUACAGUCGGGGUCAGAAGCUAGCGGCUAUACAGAGGGCAGCUAGGAAACUAAGAUGAAUGUUUCAUCCAAAUAUGUGCAUGAUCUCUGGUUGAAUACUAUGACCAUAUUCUACAAGCUGUCUGUUGGAAUUACAGAAUCCCCUAAUUCAAGGAUCACUCAAAGCUUGAAGUUGCAGAAGAAUUCGUCGGAUGUUUGUCAGGCUGUUGUACAAAAGAAGACAUGGUUGCCUUUUCCUUGGCAACUACCAUAGUUGGUCUUUUUGACAAUAGAGUUUUGCUGCGAUGGCUCUUGUUAAUUUUACCUUAGUUUCAGAAUGUUGGUUCUGCUGCAUUAAGGGGGAGGAUAAUAGGACUCUUGUUCGUAAGCCAA